AAGCUCCCCAACACACACACACACACCGCGCGCGCGCAACGCUGGGGACGGCACGGCGACGCCACCGCCACCGCCCGCUCCUGGCACUGGGCCCCACCACCUGACGCGCCCGCUCUCCUCAGCACAAUGGCAGUGGCGCGCCUGCGCUCGGCCGCGGCGGCGGCGGCCGCACGGUUCCAGCCCGCGCUCGCCGGCUGCGGCGAGAGGCGGCUGCUCGGGACGGCCGCGGCGGAGGUGACUGCGGAGGCGGGGGCAGCCGCCGGGGUCGCGAGGUGGGAGCCGAUGGGAGCGCGGGAGUACUACGACUACCGGCGGGCCAUCUACGGCGACAUCACGCACAAGGCCAUCCUCGUCGAUGCCGCCGGCACACUCCUCGCCCCCACCGAGCCCAUGGCCCAGGUGUACAGAACGAUCGGCCAAAAGUAUGGAGUGGAGUACUCAGAGGAUGAGAUCCUGAUGAGGUAUCGGCGGGCAUAUGCGCAACCAUGGGGUAGAUCACGUCUGAGGUAUGUCAAUGAUGGAAGACCCUUUUGGCAAUACAUAGUCAGUUCCUCUACGGGGUGCUCAGAUUUACAAUACUUUGAGGAACUGUAUCAUUACUAUACUACUGAAAAGGCUUGGUAUCUAUGCGAUCCAGAUGCUGGUCGUGUUUUCCAGGCAUUGAGAAGGGCUGGUGUAAAAACAGCUGUUGUGUCCAACUUUGACACUCGGCUUCGGCCACUUUUACAAGCUCUGAAAUGUGAUCACUGGUUUGAUGCAGUUGCUGUAUCUGCUGAGGUCGCAGCAGAAAAGCCAAACCCAACGAUAUUCUUGAAGGCAUGCGAGCUGUUAGGCGUGAAACCUGAAGAAGCCGUGCAUAUUGGUGAUGACCGUAGGAAUGAUUUAUGGGGAGCUAGGGACGCAGGCUGCGACGCCUGGCUUUGGGGCAGUGAUGUUUACUCCUUCAAGGAGGUCGCCGAGAGGAUCGGGGUUGAGGUACAAUGAGUUGUUUGCUGAGUCACCUGAGCUACAAUAAAAGGCUAGGUAGUCAGUAGUGUUGCCUCCUUGUACAUAGUGCCAGCCCUUCUUGCCCGGGCUUCUUGUACAUAUUUUCUCAGGGAAUAACCGAGAGCAGUGUCUCCUGUGACAGGCCUUUCUGUAUUCCGUAGCAAUACCGAUGUAUAUGUACGCAUUUAAAUGUUGAGUUUGCCGCCUGGUAAGUUGCUUGCGUUGUGAAUUCUGUAAUCCAAACGCAUCGACCCGAUUAAGUGA